UUGACAGACUGUAUCUCCCUCUGCCACGGGGCCUGGGGCGCUGCGAUUUCACACUCCGGCGGCCCCGGCACCGCUACGCCAUGCCAGAGCCGGGCUCUCACUCCCACCCUGCCAUGUCCUCAUCAGGAAAAGCUGCCAUUGCCCCCUCCUGCCUCUCCUCCGAGUGCUUCGACACCCUGACCAAGUCGUGCAUCAAGUGCUCCGAUCUGUUCGAGGACAACACAACAGAGCCUACCCUGGCACCCACCCUGACCAGCACCUUCCUGAUCUUUGGGGUCCCGCUGGUGGUGGGGCUCAUCCUGGUUCUGGCUGCCUUCUGUGGCUUCCUGGCCUGCAAGGUGGGAAAGCAGAGGAGAAAAAGGAAGGCAGCAGAUGAAGAAGACAAAGAAAACAUAGACAGCGGCAGCCCCCAGCCCAGCCAGGACCCUGUCAUGCCAGAGGGAGAUGGAGCCCUGAGCCCAGCCCCAUGCCUGCAUAUUGUUGGGAGCCUGAAGAUGCCGGGGCCACCCCGGAAAGCCAGGGCAAAGCAGAGGCCAUGCUGCCAGGGCGAUGCUGAUGGUGAUAUUGUUCUGCUCUCUGCUGUGUACCCCCGGCCUGAGGAAUGCAACCACAGCUUCCCCCUGCCUGCCACUGAGCUGGGAGCCACAGCACUGGUCACCACCAAAACCACCCAGAACUGUGCCAGAGAGGAGAGAGUCUGAGGGCAAGGAGAAUGGGGCUGGGGUGCUCUGGCCAAUCCCUGUGGACACUGACAGCCUGUUCCUGGGACGAGCGAAGCCUUCCACGGGUAUGAGCUCUGUGAGAACCAGGUUUUGCCUUUAGCAAGAUCAGCCUUUUAAGAUGACUGUCCUUUUUGUGCUGAGUCCCAAGUUACACCUGUAAAUGCUGGAGGAAGCCAAAGUGGAUCAUGCUGAGUUACAAUGAACUGUUGACAGCUUCCACGGCUGAACCAUUGGGAGGAGGCAGAGGAGACACAACCGGUGAGGAUGGAGUGUGACAAGGACUGCUGUGCCAUCUGCAAGGCACCCAUUGCGUCUGGACAUGUCUCCUGCUGGACAGGCAAUUGCUGGGAACAUGGGACUGGGCUGGAACACCAGAAACUGCAGGGGGAAAGGAAGCAGGGAGUUAUUUUAGGACCAAAUCCCACACAGCAGUAGCUAGAUUUUUGCUACUGACUUCAAUAAAAGGAGACUUCAGGCCAUAAGGGGCAAGGCACACCCAGCAUCUAUUCCACUUACAGUCUUGCUGCCCUGUCUUCUGGACACUGUGACACCCAGGUCUUUCCACCCUCUGGGCUACCUCACACAGUGGCAGGCCCAGCACUCAUGGGAACCCCCUCCACAGUUGAGUACCCUGGGGAUAGGAAAACGUUUGUCUUCCCAAGAAUUGAGGAGGGGGAAAAAAAUCUGUCCUUGCUCUGACCUACAGUCCCUGAAGUUAGGGAGGACCAGGGACAUGCAGUGGAGACAGCUAGUCCAGAGGAGCUCCCUCAAUCUGUCAUUACAGCCCCAGAAAACCGUCACUUCAGCUCACUGUCGCUGCAGAAAUACCGUGUGUCACUUGGGAUGGAUGCUUCCACACUGCACAAAAGAAAGUCAGGCAGUGAUGUGAGCGUAGGCAGGAUGACUUAAUUUAUGAGAGUGUCCUCAAGGCUUUGCCUGUGUGCCAGAGCUGGCUGCCGUUGUUGAUCCCAGGCAUUUCCCGUAGAUGGGUUUCUUUGCCUGCCUGCAAGUGGCUUUACUGCACAGGAAGGGCUCUGUUUGGGAAAUGAACUCGUUAGUGUGGGAUUGCUGAUUCUGAGUAAUUACAGCAGCUGAUGCCCCCAGCUGAAUAGAGACUCUGGGUUGGGUGAGAAGCCCCUGGAGAAGGUGAUUAGUCACUUAGAAGUCAUUUGAGGGGUUAUUUACAUGAAACACCAUCUCUGGGUCUGCUCUUCCCUUAGAUGAAGGGGCUUCCUUGUCCUGGAGGCUUUGGACACUCAACAGAGCUGUCCAAGCAAGGUGUGGGGGCACCAACACCAGGCAUUAAUGGGCCACCGAGUGCCAUAUUCCCAGCAGGGCCAGCUGGAGGCACUGUGAGGAUGGGAUGUCCCUCUGAUGAUGGGAAGGUGACUCCCUCCCCAAGUCUGAGUUCUCUCUGGGGCUGCAGGACAGAUGCUACUGUUGAAGGGUGACCACGUCUCUUCUCCCCUGUCUGUGGCACUGCAGCCAGAUUUAUGGCAUCUGUCCCAUAAGGGCAACCACAGGCACUGCCAAGGCCAAAAUUCCUCACCACAAUUCCCCUACCAGACCUUAGCACACUGGCAGAGGUGAACCUUCAUCUGACUGAAGCUCCACAUGAUCCAGGAUCAAUGGAUCCCCAUCUCAGCCUUGGGGCUGAGGAUGGGGGAAGAGGUGGUCCAUGUGCCCAGUGACUGUCUCCUGGGACUCCAGACACCUGUGGCAGAAACUAUGGAGACUCAAGGGCUGGUGUCCCAGUCACCCACAACAGCCAUGCUUUGCAGAGAGGGUAUUGCCACGGCAUGAAUCACACAUCUCCUCAUGCUCCACACCCAACCUGGUGAAGUAACUUCAAACAACCUUUGUGUAUCUGGAGUGGGGGAAAGGAGCCAAAGCCAGGUCAGGGGAUGUUUUGUCACUAGAAGGACUACUUCUAGGAGACAGAGCAACCUGUUUCAGGGGAGAUGGGGGCAAUAUGAAAAUGGAGCAGAACUGUAAGGAGCCACCUCCAGUUCCCCCCCAGUGACAGUGGCAGCCCAGCCCUGUGGAUGCACUGCCCACCCCAGAUGAUCUGGGAAUUUGAAAAAGAAACACCCAUACAAAUCCUAUUGAAAAAGCCCCUCUUUCUGCUCAGGUAAGGACUUCUGCUCUCAUUUCUGCUGGAGUUUAAGCCAGGCAUCUCCCUAUACAGGAUGCCACUGGCAUUUGCAGCACACAGAGUGGAAAUUGGAUCCACACUGUAUUCUUCAACUAGUGAGUGCCCCUUGGAUCUCCUCUCUGUUAUGGCAUGUGGGGUCACUUACCUGCAUCAUGUCUCCUCACUGCCAGCUGUGGUGGGGCAGUGCUCCCCUUCUGCCCAAUCUGCCUGGGAGGGAUUUGUAACCUGCUCUGUGCGCUUCUCCAUCCUCAUGUAUGGGGCAAAAGGUUGUCCAUCUUGUCUGCAUGGAGGGCCAAGGGAAUAAAGAUGAAAAAUAUGGCAGGAAAAAUUAAA